AUGUCUCACAGACGUGGAGACUACUCUAACCUAGAGAAACCCGGAUUUCUAUGGGUCCAUUUUGGAUCAGGGAGCAGUCCGGUAAGUUCCUUGAAAAAGAGGCCAAAUUUAACGAGUCAAAGAACGAGGAAAGAAAGCGCUUUGGCUUCAAAGGAACAGAACACACCAAGAGGAAAAUUUUCCAAAACUGAAAAGAAUAUCGUUUUAAAACAUGAUGCUACUCAUUCCACACGUCAAAGAUUGUCGUUGAUUGAGAAGGAUAAAAGAAAAGUUAAUGCUCAGAUUGAUAAAGAUCAUGCAAAAACAGAUGAUUCACUAAGUCAAAAUACACCACAAACGAAUCCUGCCUUACAAGUAAGUUCUAAAAUUUUAACAAACAAGCAUCUUGGUAAGAAAACAACAGUUGACAAGGAUUUUCAGAAGAAGCUAGUUGGUAAAAAUGAUAAAAAAGAAGUUAUCCAAAAACCUAAGGCAUCUACGCAAAAGCAAAUUAAGGAACUGCCUGAAAGCGAAACUAUUAAAAAAUUGCCAAAAUUCUGUCCCGAAAAACAUUUGAAAAAAACUUCAAAUGCACAGGAAAAAAAACUUGAGGGUAAAAAGUUGGAUAGUAAAAUUCCUUGCUCAAAUACAUCAAAAAAGAAUAUAGUUGAUUUGAAAAAAACUGAAACCAAAACAGACAGUACCACAAUUGCUGUUGAGCCUCAGAGUCUUGCUCCAGCAAGCAAAAUAAACGGGGCUGGGUCUGAAAAUUUUUCAUCAAGGAAUAACAAUCCUGAACGAAAAGAAAGCAAAUCUCAGAAACAAAAUGAACAUCAAGAAAUUGAUGACUUAAAAAAGGAACUUAAUGAUUUGGGUGAUGACCAGUCAAAGAGACCGAGUCACAGGUUAUGCGAAACAGCAAAAUCAUCCUCACUCGAUGAAGGAGACGUGCGGCUCGUCAUCGAGCGAAAGCGAGAUCCGGAAAUCAGCAUUAAAAUCAGCGUGAAGGAUCGCAACAAAAAGAAAGCACAGAAAAAAGAAUCAUUUACCACAGACAUAAGUUCAACCCAGGGAGAAAGCGAUUACUCAUUGAUGAAAGAUUCUGGAUACAUAAGCACAUCGGAAUCAGUUCAUAACCAUCGAAGAUCGAUCAUGAUAGAUCUUGGUCACACAACAGCUAAAAUAAACGCCGGCAUGAGAAAUAUGACUGAAACGUCUUUAGAAUCCUUGAACUUCACUGAGGAAGACAAUGCCAAGGAUGCUCUCACAAACUCCAAUGUUGUUUUGCCGCUCGUCAGUACCGACUCAAACCAACAGAAAGAAGAAAAGAAAAACGAAAAUUCUCCAAGAGUAAACGCACCCAGCAAGCUGCCAAUCUUGAAUUCUCAACGCCAAAGAUCGAAUUCUAUGAUUCUAAUGGAAUAUCACCGAUCACCGAGGCGAAACUCGUUGAAUACGUAUGAACCAAUGAGCGAAACUGAACUGUCUAAGUCAACACACAGCCCAAAAUCAGCAAGAAAUGCCGUCCAGAUUAGCAGGAGCAUGAUUCCCAGGCAGAUUGGAGGAAACGUAGCUGCAAAACGGAGAAAGUCCAACAUUCCCAUUUAUCGAACACACUCUGACAGCAACUUACACAAAGAAAAAAUAUCGCCACGGCUAACUGGUCUGUCAAGCAGUACACCUUCUAUUCACGACGAACUGGAGAGAAAAAUGAUUUAUUCUGAAAGGAAAAUGGACAUAUUACGAGAACAGUCUUCAUCAACGGAAACUAGACCAGAUAUUGAAGAACAGUACAGAAAUGUAGAUACUUUGAAGCUGCCUUCUAUUUGUCUCACCAAACCAGACGAAAAAGCAACGAAACUGCAAGUUGGUGGUUCACAGUUCCCAGAAAUAGCAAUGACAUCAAAAGAAGCUUCGCCUCGAAAAGACACUGUGCCAUCCAGAGCAAGCAGUAUUUUGUCUUACGAAAGCAUGGAUCUGAAACUACCCAUUCUGCAACAGCCAAUUAGAUGCAAGUGCAGUAUAGAACCACAUAAAUACUGGGAUGCUCGUAGAUCCAAAUCUGCAAUUGACUGUGUAGCCAAUUUGCAUUUUCUAAGUGAAGAAGAAUUAGCACAGUUUGAUACUAGGCUGCUGGCUUUAAGUGGACGUUCAAGUUACAGUGGAGGACACAGGAAAAGGUUGUCCAAGAAACCGAUUGGGUACAAAGCGCUGAGAACGCAAACUCUCAAACGGUUAAGUACCGGUAAAUUGAAUCGGAAAUCACAGCAGGCAGUGACAUUUCAUGUGGACCAUAACAAAGAGCGAAAUACAUUUCAGUUGCCAACGGAAAAGUUGCAGCAAAAUAAGAAAUGGCAAGUUGUGUUCACCAUUGGGAAAUCGGGGAAAGAAAAUAAAAAAACAGAAGUUGAUGACAAUAAAUAAAUAGUACUGAUUUUUUCCACAUGGCAGAAUAUAUUUGAAUUUUUAAUCAAACAUGAAGUCGGUUGUUUCAAACAUUAUGGACAAAAGAGGUCAAUAUCUUUCUUAAUAUGGCAGUUAUAUUACACAUAAUAUGAUAUGAAUUAAAGGUAUAAAAAGCUGAUGACAUUAGAAAAAUAUGUUGCAGACAACUAUUAGAAAGAUAAUUAUAUGAGUUAUUUUACAGCAUUUGGCUGUGAAACGUCCCAUGAAUACUAAAUCUGGAAAAAAUUAAAAUAUUUUCACCAAAAAUACAGAUAAUCAAGUUUUCUAUCAUUUACAAUUCUCUUUUUUUAAUGACAAAAUAAAUAUUUUGAGAUUUAGUAUUAUGUAUGGGACAUUUCACAGCAAAAUACUAUAGAAUGACCCAUUAUAUUUAAAAUAGGGUAACAAACAUACUUAAAAAAGCUUUUUUUUAAAUUACAAAAAAUUGCAUUGAUUUACGUGGUUCAAAAGUCAGAAUCAACUCAAAAUUGAAGAUAACUGUUUUCUUAGUCCAAUAUAAAAUUUAUAUUUGACAAUUUUACUGUCAGUUUUUUAAACAAUGAUUAGAACAAGUUUAAUGACUUCAUUUUUUCUGGAUAAUACUGGAAACUUCCAACCUAAAUCCAUACUUCCCAAAGAUCUUCCGCAUCACAGUUAAUUAUACCUGAACAAUGAUUCAUUUAUUUCGCACUGACAUUUCAAAAAGAACAAAAUUAAAAAAAAAAAAAAAAGAAAAAAUCUCAGACAAUUACAUUGAAGUCACAUUUCAAAAGAUUGUUGGAAUUAGGGACACUGACAGCGGUAUUCUGAUGAUGGGACAGUCUACAACUGGGACACACUUGAAAAAAAUGAGGUCUUGAGAUCUGGAGGAAAAUAUUAGAUGCUUUUAUUAAUACAACAAAAGGUUGAACAAGGAAACACAUGUAUGUAAACAUGUGCCAACCUUUAAGCAUAUCAAUGUACAUUUUCAUAUACAAAUAAGGUUUCUGCAAUUGAAUUUUGAAGAAGAAAAAUUCAAACCAUGAAGGAUGUAAUUUGAAAAAUGAGAAAAAAUUUAAGAGAGAAUUUUACAAAUAAAGCAAUUUAAAUGAGGGAAAACAAAAUGUUGCAUCUGUGGUAUAAAAUUUUAUGUAUUGUCAACAUAUGUUUGUUACGUUAUGUAUGUAAAAAUAAAACAUAUUUUUCUAUUUAUUUGUGUCUUACAUAAUCAGAUCACUGCAUUAGCACAUAUUAUCAAAGUUUCCAAUAUUUCUCAGUAAGACACUGCAACAGGCUCUACAUGUGUUACAUAAUAAUUGCAAGUACAAUCAACUCUUGGUAACUCAAAGACCAAAGGGACCGGCUAAAACAUUUGAGUUAUUGGUAUUUCCAGCUAUGGGAAGUUUUCAUAACAGUCUCAAGAGUUUGGGACUCGAUGGAAACUUAGAGAUAAAGGAAUAUUCAAGGAAUAUUUUUCUCGAUGUUUAUAAGCAUUGAGAUUCGACUGUAUAUGAACUAUGAAAAAUAUAUAGCACAAGUCUUAUGAAUAAAGAGACCACUGUCUAGGUGAACUAUACAUUUGAACAAAAAAAAACCUC